AACUGCACUUAUUGUCUUGGUGUCAAAAGGGCCCAAUAAUGAGGCGGUUCAUUGGCAUAUGUUCUCCGCCGACAUCCUAUGCAGCAAGCACACCUGGACAAGCUCUUGUUACGUGGCGGUCAAACUCUCACCAAAUUGUCACUGUGACAUCAUGAAAUUCAAGUGACGCGCUGAAGACGCGCGAGCUCAUCACUUUUACCACGAGCUCUCACUCACAGCAUGUAGUAGGUACGCAUGCUCAUAUCGGGAGGGGCAUUGCUAUAUGUAUUUAGAAAGAUCCUGUACUUCAGCAAAUAUUCGAUUAUAAUCCAUUCACUUUUCUGUUCUACCACCAGAAAGUAGCCACUCCAACCAUGUCCUCCACAAAGUCACCGUUCCAAAUUGGCUGGCAGCCCGAGGUUCAGCACCAACCGCUCCCCGGCAAAGAGUCUGAUCUCGACCCUCAACCUAUCUACGACCAUGUUCCCACCUGGGAUGGUGGCUCCAAGCUCUACCAAGCCGCCGGCAAGCUCGAGGGCCGCAAGGCUGUCAUCACCGGAGGCGACUCUGGCAUUGGUCGCAGCACAGCCAUCCUCUUCGCCAUGGAGGGAGCCGAUUCCUUAAUCGCCUACCUGGAAAGCGAGGAGAAGGAUGCGCAAGAGACCAAGAAGCAGGUUGAGAAAUACGGCCGCAAGUGCUUCCUCUUCCCUACCGACUUGAGGAAGAAGGAGAACUGCGAUAAGGUGAUCGACGAGGCGCUGCACAAGCUCGGCGCGGUCAACAUCCUGUUCAACAACCACGCCUACCAGAUGAUGAAGGAGACCAUCCUGGAGAUCUCCGACGAGCAAUGGCUCAACACGUUCGACACCAACAUCCACCCGUUCUUCUACCUCUCCAAAGCCGUCCUCCCGCACAUGAAGCAAGGCGACACCAUCAUCAACAACGCCUCGAUCAACGCCUACAUCGGCCGACCAGAUCUCCUCGACUACACCAGCACAAAAGGCGCCAUCGUCUCCUUUACCCGCGGUCUCUCCAACCAAUUCGUCGGCAAAGGCAUCCGCGUCAACGCCGUCGCCCCCGGCCCGGUCUGGACACCACUGAUUCCGUCCACCAUGACCGACAAGGCGAUCAAGGAGUUCACCGCCCCGUGCGGCCGCCCUGCACAGCCCAGUGAGAUUGCGACGGUGAUAGUUUUCCUGGCGAGCACGGAUAGUAGCCAGAUUAGCGGACAGACGAUUCACCCUAACGGUGGCACUGUUGUGAACGGCUAAAAUGUUUGCGAGGCGAUCAGCUAACGUUAACGUUGAGGCUGAUGGAGGAAACAUGUAUGAAGUUCAUGAUUGAUAUGAUAAGAAGAAUGACGCGAUUCAAUUUACGACGAAAAAGUUGUAACGAGAUGUAGCUCUGCAAUUCCAUUCUCAUGCUGUGCAUGAAGCAUUCCGAG